CCACUUUGCUGAGCCUGUCACCUGUGUUCCAGGAGCCAAACCAGCAAUGUCUUCGCCUACACACCCUGCAGUCCCUGCCCCACUGGCGGACUUGAAGAUUCAACACACCAAGAUCUUCAUAAACAAUGAAUGGCAUGCUUCAGUUAGUGGCAAGAAAUUUCCAGUUCUUAACCCUGCAACCGAGGAGGUCAUCUGCCACGUUGAAGAAGGGGACAAGGCUGAUGUUGACAAAGCUGUGAAGGCUGCAAGACAGGCUUUCCAGAUUGGCUCCCCAUGGCGCACCAUGGAUGCUUCGGAGAGGGGCCGCCUACUGAACAAGCUGGCUGACUUAAUGGAAAGAGAUCGUCUGCUGCUGGCUACAAUGGAGGCACUCAAUGGUGGGAAAGUCUUUGCCAAUGCAUACUUGGCUGAUUUAGGAGGCUGCGUAAAAGCAUUACGGUACUGUGCAGGCUGGGCUGACAAGAUCCAUGGUCAAACAAUACCAAGUGAUGGAGACAUUUUCACUUAUACAAGGCGUGAACCCAUUGGAGUGUGUGGCCAAAUCAUACCUUGGAAUUUUCCAAUGCUCAUGUUCAUUUGGAAGAUAGGCCCUGCCCUUAGCUGUGGGAACACCGUGGUUGUCAAGCCAGCAGAGCAAACUCCUCUCACGGCUCUUCACCUGGCAUCUUUAAUAAAAGAGGCAGGGUUUCCUCCUGGCGUGGUGAACAUUGUCCCUGGUUAUGGGCCAACUGCAGGGGCAGCCAUCUCUUCUCACAUGGACAUUGACAAGGUGGCCUUCACGGGAUCAACACAGGUUGGCAAAUUAAUCAAGGAAGCUGCAGGGAAAAGCAAUCUGAAGAGAGUCACCCUGGAGCUUGGGGGAAAGAGCCCUUGCAUUGUGUUUGCAGAUGCUGACAUGGACAUGGCUGUUGAGUUUGCACACCAUGGAGUGUUUUAUCAUCAAGGCCAGUGUUGCGUCGCAGCAUCCCGGAUUUUUGUUGAAGAGUCAGUUUAUGAUGAGUUUGUGAAAAGGAGUGUUGAGCGAGCUAAGAAAUAUGUUCUUGGAAAUCCUCUGACCCCAGGAAUAAAUCAAGGCCCUCAGAUUGAUAAGGAACAACAUGAUAAAAUACUUGAUCUCAUUGAGAGUGGGAAGAAAGAAGGAGCCAAACUGGAGUGUGGUGGUGGACGCUGGGGGAACAAAGGCUUCUUUGUGCAGCCCACAGUCUUCUCCAACGUGACUGAUGAGAUGCGCAUUGCCAAAGAGGAGAUAUUUGGACCAGUACAACAGAUCAUGAAGUUUAAGUCUGUGGAUGAUGUGAUCAAGAGAGCAAACAAUACUAGCUAUGGUCUAGCAGCAGGACUCUUCACCAAAGACCUGGAUAAGGCCAUCACUGUGUCUUCUGCUCUGCAGGCCGGGGUGGUGUGGGUAAACUGCUAUAUGAUGUUGUCAGCCCAGUGCCCCUUCGGUGGAUUCAAGAUGUCUGGAAAUGGCCGAGAACUGGGUGAACAUGGUCUUUAUGAAUACACUGAGCUGAAGACAGUCGCAAUAAAGAUAUCUCAGAAGAACUCCUAAAGAAGCCAGCAGAGUAAAGAGAAACUCUCAGCCGUGGCUACACAUCUCCUAUAGUAACCAGCAUAGUGGUGUUUUAUUAUAAUUUCUUCUUCAGUUGAUUUCUUAAGCAAAAGGAAUUCAUCAGUGUUACUGUCACUCAUAGAAAACAUGCAGCCUAAUCCAGCAGAUUCAUUCACCUUCUAAUAUGUGACCCCAGUUAUUAUCCAAGAAUAAAAGGAUAGAUAUAAGCUCAAGCUCUCUGUAACUGUCAUGACCAGGUGCUUUCCAUUGUAGCUACUCAUCUAACAUACUCAUUUGGCAGUCGUGAUUUAAGCUCUGUCCCUCAAUGACUCCUUGAAGUACGCACCAUGCAUAAUAACUGCAGAGUCAGCUGCUCUGUUCCCCAGGUGUUGUGAGAUAUUUUCUAGAAUGUCAUGCCUGCUUGUCAAACGAAAUACCUAGCUGUAAUUAGAAUGCAAAGCUUAAUAAAGGCACCCUUGCAUGA